UCCGCAUUUUUCCUGAAUGAUGUGCGCAGUAAAAUGGGGCGUUGUAGAGACUCUCACGUCCAUUCGUGGAUAAACUAUUUAUUAAAACAUAGGCUACCGUAAUGUAAGAAAAAGAAGACCUUCAAGAAAAGGGGAAAAUACGGUUUUGGGGUUGGGAGUCUUCACGGAAACGGCUACCAAGAGAAGACUUUGCGCAACGGUCCGAACACUUUCAAGCUAAACAGGAAUUUAUUUUGACAUUGGAGCGGGCGGGCGUGUCUCAUAUGCGUGGAGCUUGUUGGGAGUUUCCCGUUUAAACGAGGUAAUUUUGGUUACUUCUCUUGCAAAGAGCAAACGGGACAAGUAACACUACUCUGUGCAAACGGGAGCAGACUUGUAUUUGCUUUUUGAGCGAAGGACAUGGCCAAAUUGUUCCGCGCUGCUAUAAUGGGUCCUCCAGGCUCAGGUAAAGGAACCAUAUCAGAGAGGAUUGCGCAAAGCUUCGGCCUGCAGUAUUUAUCAAGUGGUCACUUUUUACGCGAGAGCAUAUCAGCUAAUACAGAGGCAGGAGUGCAAGUAAAGACAUAUGUGGAGAAAGGCAUGCUGGUGCCGGAUCAUGUGAUGACCAGGCUAAUGAUGCCCAGACUGGAAAAACUCAGUGGCCAGAGCUGGCUUUUAGAUGGUUUUCCACGGACACUUGUACAGGCCCAGUCACUGAACAGUUUGUAUCAGCUUGACUUGGUAAUCAGUCUCAACAUCCCUUAUGAGACUCUGAAAGACAGACUGAGUGACCGCUGGAUCCACCCUGGCAGUGGUCGAGUUUACAACAUGGGCUUCAACCCACCCCAAGUCCAGGGCAAAGAUGACAUCACAGGGGAACCGCUGACCCAGCACGAUGACGACAAACCAGAAGCUUUGAUGGCAAGAUUGAGACAUUACAAAGAUGUGGCUAAGCCCGUCAUCAAUUUAUACAAGUCACAAGGAAUCCUCCACUCAUUUUCUGGGACCGAAACGGAUCGGAUUUGGCCUUACAUCAACUCCCUCCUCAGCACAAAGAUGCACGCACAGCCGUUUGAUAACCAUCAGAGCCAGGCACCCUAACUUUGAGAAGACUGAGAGAGUUCUCAAAAAUCAUCAGUAAGAAAGUAUAACAUGUGGCUUGAUCUUCUUCAAUGCUGGAAUUUUUGUCUUUCGGGUUCCUCCAUGACAGCGGAGUUGAGAAAUGGCAGGACCAAAUGUGUUUUCACCCAAAUGUCAUAUGAGGGUUUUGCAGAUGAUAUAUUUUUUUUUAAUUUGAGGUGUGCAUGUGGAUCUUUGCAGUACUUUACUGAAACCGUAUUUAGUGAAUAGCUAACUUGAUCAAUAGAAGCUAUUCUAUACAAACAGAUAUUAACUUGCAACAUUGACAAUCACACACAACUCCUUACACACAAUUUAAAUUGAAGCUGCAUGGAAGACGAUAGGUAGUGAACAAGCAGGUUAGAAGACAGAAAAAGCGAAAGGAAGAAAUAUGUCAACCACAAAGGAAGGAUUUCCUUAGCAGUAUUUCCGCCACAAGCUAUGCAAUGCAUUCUUCAGAGGGGUGAGGAAAGUCAUUCCAAAGUUGAAUUUGGAAAUGAACUCAUUUCAUCCAGUAUACACUGUCAUUGUAUUCAAUAAUCUCAAAUCAGUCUCUCUAAAAAUCCAUAAAGUACUUUCUCAGACGUACAGUUAAAAAUCCCUGAAAAUUCAAAGAAAAUGGUCAAGAAUGUCUGCUAUAGAGAGCUGACAAAACGCAUAUCCAUCUAUACAUCCAUCUCCUCAUGAGAGCGCGUGCUGGAGUCUAUCCCAGCUGCCUUUGGGCAGUCGACGGGCUACAGUCCAUCAACAUAGUUGCUAUUUCCAAACAAUUUGUCCCAUACGUACGGAAUGUGCAGUAAAAAUGUUUAAAUCUUUUCAAACGUAUUUGUGAAUACGUUCAGACACUAUAGCGUAAACACAGCUAUUCUUUUAGCAUUUGGCCUACAUUUUACCGAUAGAUUUGAAAAUUAGGUAAGGAAACAUUACCGGUGUAUAUUUGUACCUUUAUGGUUUUGUUAUGUAUGCAGUGAUUGACUUUCGUUCUGUAUUUUUCUCAUAGUGACACGUGAUAUGCAUAUCAUGUGCAACUCAAACCGUGGCCUUUGGGGGGAAAAAUGCAGCAUUGAAAUCGGGCAUUGCAGACAAAACAAAAACAUUGAAUUAUAAAUAAAUUUCUCCAGUGUGGGGCAAAUAAAUAAUAUCUUAAAUAAUAUUUACCAACUUAAUUAUUGAACAUGCUUGUAUCAUGUAAGCCAACUGCUAAAAUGUGGGAGUCCAUACCGUUUGGAAGUAUGGGGAAAAAAUUGCUACACUUGUACCAUUUAGCCUAAAACUACGGUCUAAUGUAUUUGCAAGUACAUUUGAACGAUUAGCUAGUCAAAUAAAUUUACUCCACCGUGGAAGUUUGACGACAUCCCUCCAGACUGCCUAGGGGACAGGGCCGAAAGCACAGAAUACACCUUUGUGUAAGCACCAGAGAAUGAAUAUCAAACAAACAUCAUUAGUGAUCCCGAGUGGCACCCGAAAGACGGUCUCUCAGAACCUUUUCUGAAGUCAAGAUGGCGCCCGAGUAGGCAGCCGUCAGCAAGUGCUCUCAUGAGCCUUGCUUUUUUUGUUUUUCUUGUGUUUCUUUUGUCACUUUGUGUUUGUUGUUACGUCGUGUAGACUUGAUGUGGACCUUUUUCAGCACUUUUUGGCCACGACAUUCAUCAAGGAGGAGACUCUGUGCUUGGUGGUUGCGCCUUCUCGGCAGCAUGGGUAUAGCAGCACUGUUUUUGACUGGAGGAAUGUCGGCGCCAUUUGACUGUCGUUGCUGGACAGUCCCGGGGCGCUUGUGUCUUGCGCCUGUAAUGGGCAGCAUUUUUCACAGCCCCGCUUUGUUCAGCGGAGAGAUCGGUGCUGUUGAACGGUCUGCGGCUGGAUGGAUGGAGGUCUUGAGGAGCCGACGAUGAGAAGAAAGGAGCGUUGCCGCGGAGUGCCGAUGCGGAUUUGGAGCUGGGAGUCGCGGCUUGGAGUUUGAAGCGGAUUACGUGGGACAGGAGAAGUGAACUAAUCUCUUUUCGUCACUGGAUGCUACAGCUUUGUGUUUGCUUUCAAAACUUAGCUUGUAGCAGACGUGUGCACAUUUUCAGCAUGACGUCUGUGAUCCACUGGAGAAAGGACACUUUGAUCCUCUCCUCUUUCAUCUAGAACUGCUUCAGACAACAAAGUGUAUGCAGAAAAUUGGUGAAGAUUGAACGACUGUCUGUGUCCUAUGUGUUGUCUUGUGUUAUUUUUGUUAUUUUGACUUCAAAAUGGCGCCGCGAGAGUGGCUGCCUUUCCAGCAGCUCCUAUAUUUUGUUGUUCUACUUCUUACUUUCAUAACUUUGCUGCUGUGAAUUGGGAAUUUCUCCAUUGUGAGACUAAUAAAGGUUUUCUUAUCUUAUCUUUUCGCUCGUUGGCUUGCGUGCCACUGGGUUUUGCUUUUCCCUCCGGUUCAAAGCGGUUUGUUCUCUUAGGUUGUUUUUCCCACAGUAGAAAUUAAAUUGAAAUGAUCCAUUCCAGAGCUGUUAUUGUCACUAUGAUUUAACAGUCAUACAAGUGUAGAUAUAAGUUGGAGAGUAUCGAAGCAAGUGGAGAAGGAGUCUUGAUGAAGGGAGUCUGCCUUAUAUAUAAUGUCUUUUUACAUUCUCAAACUGUCAUACAUGUGUGGAAAUUAUUUUCCACCGUAUAGUAAAACUUAAAAAGAAUAAAUUAUGUACUCACCUAACAAUGAUUAUGUUGGCAGUGUUGAACAUGCAUAGGGAGGUUUACUGUGUACUGAAAUAUUAUACUUUGGUAUUAUUUUAAAGUAUCUUUAGACAUUUUGUACACAGCAGCCUUGACAAAGAUGUGUCCAGCAAUAUGCUGUAUUCCAUUUCAUGUUCUAUGGUUUCCAUCACUCGCACACAUUUGCUCUUCGUAGGCUUCUGUGGUGGCAACCAGAUAGUCAAAAGAAGCGCACACACGUGUGGAGUUUGUUCAGCUUUUAGACGCUCACCAAGAUGAAGAUUUGCGCGAUAUGCUUGCCCCACAUCUAACGUCAUGGAAGGUGAUGGUUUGACCUGAAUUUUUAUGCAACUUGAAGGCGUUGUGUUCCAGAAAAGUAUUGGCGGGUUUUCACAAUGUGUGAUCUUUUUGAUGUUGGAGUUUUUAGUUACCUUGUAUAACAACAGGUCUGUGCCUUUUCUCUCCCUCUUGAAUUAGAAAUUAACAUUAUUGGGGGAAUUUCUGAAUUUGCUGUAACAUCCCGUGCAAUGCAAACACGGCUACUUUGACGUAACUGCUCUGGAGAACCAGUUACUGAGUUAGUUUGUUACUAUUCUGCUCUAUUAGCUUCAUGUUUAAAGUUUUAUUUAGCUGUUGAAAUGAAUGACAUAUAUCCGUACGUGCUUCAAUUUAUGUUGGUACUGCAAAUCCAUGAAAAACAUGUCUCACUGUAACCCUACAGUCCCCCUUGUGGCUUGGGGAAAUAUAAAAAAACACAGAUGACUGAAUUCCUUUGAUUGCGGUUUGUAGUGAUUCAUGUAACGUGCAAUAACUCUGCUUUUCACCUUCAGGUAAUUACACUCGCUCAACAUUCCCUUCCAGUUUCAAAUAUCUUUGUUCCUCACCUUUGUCAAGUUACAGCAGAAUGUAGGACAUUGUACAUUAUUGCCUGAUAGAUGGCCAUUGCCUAAAGUCUGUUUCUCUACCUGUUGCCUUAUGAAAAGAUAUAUAAUUUCACAGUGAAUUGGGAUCUUUAUCUUGAGCAGGGUACACACGUACCGAUGGUUCAACAUCAUAAUCAUUUGUUUUGGAAAUUUGAGAUACCCCACACAUGAAAAGGAAAAAUAUAUAUAGGUCAGCGUUUUGCCUACGGCUAUUAAGUGUGUGGUGUGCUUGGGACAACCAACUCAAUACAUCACACUCAUAAUGAUAUCCCGAUCAACAAGCGCGGGUCCCCUUUCACACACCGGAUGUGUGUCGUAUACACGCGAUUGACUUGUGAGAGGCAGAGGAAGAAAAAACAGUCAUCAAAGAAGCAAGGUUAAAUGUUAACUUGUUUAGUUGCGUUGUGGUUGCAAACUCUUCUUAUCAUUUCCAUGGUGAUGAAUGAUUUGUUGUUCUGACCUGUUAUGCAACUAUUAAACAACCAGGUGCGCUGCCACAAUAUUUUUAUCCGGCAACAGCAUGUGCUUCAGGUCACCUCCUAUUUGACUAUCAUUCCGUUUUUCAUCACAAGCCAAUUGUCUGUGGCUAAGCUUAACUCGGUGUGAACCACAAGCAUAAGGAUUUGAAGUUGUGAAUACUGAACAGGUUCAAUGUUUACAAUGUAAAUAUUGAAGAGGUUCAGCAUUUACGGUACAAAUAUUGAACAGGUUGAAUGAUUACGAUUGUCUGUGCCGUUUUCAGAGCAGAUAGGUGAAGAGAAAUCUCUCCACAUCACGUCACAAUCGUUCAGGAUAAUCACUGCCGCAAACAUCUGAGAAUCUGACCUUUGGCCCAAUUGUCAGUAUGUUUGUAUCCUCCUUAACGUGACAAUGUAUGUACUUGUGUUGAAAUUCUGAAUAUAGUUCCUUGUAGUUAUGAGUACUUCCAGUAUGAGAAAUACACUUUUGUUUUAACACUGAAUAUAAAAUGGUUGUUGUCAAAUUAAACGUGUUGGAAAGUACGAGACGAUGCAUUCUUAUAGAGUGACUCAACAGAUGAGCGGGUCAACGUGCCUUUUUAUUUUUUUUAUUUUUAAACAAUAGGAAAAUGUGUCUAUGCAAAAUGUCAAAAGAUUUGAUGGGAAUGUGAAAACACCUGAGUUGCCUCCAUACUCAGCAUGGUGUUUAGCAGCUUUGUUUGACAAUGGAGCUGGAUGGGUGUGGUGUGAAAGUUUUCUGUUGGUGAGGAUUAUAUUCCACUGAUUUUUGUGUCUGACAUUUCUUUUCACAUCACUGUGUUCCAUACCGAUUUUGCUCAAUCUUGUCAUCUUCCAAAUGCAAUAAAAAUAACUUUCUGGUGAA